UGGUUUUUCGUUUUCAAAUUGCCUGCCUGAGGUCGCUGGUGCGUGAAAUUGAAAAAGACCGGCUUGAAUUUAUUUCGAAACUGUGAUGUUAGUUAGCGUUCUUUUUGUCGGAGUGAUUUAGCUUUAAAAGUGUCAUUUACUUUUAUCAGCCCAUUUUAUCUUGUGUAAAUAAGCUUAGAAUGCAAAAAUAUUAUUCGUAAUAUUGAUAAUCUGUCAAAAACGAGAACAUAUGCUGACAUUGGUAUAAUAAAAUGGCUAACAUGAUUAAUGAAACAUCGAACAUGAGUGGAUGCGAAGAAAACAUUAUAGAUAUUGAAUCUGAUGUUUCAACUAUCACUAGUAACAUUGUAUCAGAUUCAGAAACAAAAUACAAACGAAAUUAUGUUAAUAUGUCAGAUCUAAAAUCAGAUAGUUUACUGAAUAAAAAAACCCGGAAAUCCAAUAUACUUGAACUUAUAUCUGAGCAAAGAACUGGUAAUAAACCUAAUUAUGUCUUUAACUCAAAUAUGGCCGCUUUAAAGAACAGUAGAUUAAAGUCAACUAAUUGUCUCAAUACAGUCCACCCAGAAUUACAUGUGUCUGACUGUGAAUAUAUAAGGAGUGGUCAAGAUGGACGCUCUAUACUAGGCGUAUGGAAAGGUGAUCAAUAUGAUACAAUUUUAUAUAAACUUAUUCUGAACUUAUCACCAAGAGAAAGUUCAGUUGAAGAUGAUACACCUAGUUUUAUUAAAAGUAUUAAGCAUAUGGGUCCAUUCUUUUCCAGAACUGAUAUCAAAGACAUAUGUGAUACUAAUUACAGAAAUAUGAACCAUGUGCUUUAUGUAGGUAGCUAUUCAAAUGAAGAUUUCAUUACACAUAGUUCUGUUGUGUUAUGCAGUUUCAUAAAUUCUUCUGCAAUUGCUGGUAGGCAAUUUGUGUCAUUGAAAGAACUUUUAAGUUGUUGUGGUAGUUUUAAUGGAGAUGUCUAUGCAACUGGUUCUGAAGAAGGAGUCAUUAUUUAUCAAGAUCAAGAGGCAAUCUUCCACAAUCAUAGUAUGGGCAGAAUCAAUUCUCUUGAAUUUAACUCUUCAGGAAAUAUACUUUACUGUGGUGUAAACAAUGUUGGAAUAAUAAUAAUAGAUAGAAGAGUGCCUCAAAUGGAAAAUUGCAUAGUUCAAGACAGAAAGUAUUCUUCAGGAAUUUUAGAAAUAAAGUUAUUUUCUAAUGAAAAUAGUAUGAUAGUAAGUGACACUGAUGGUAACUUGCGGCAGAUUGAUUUAAGAAAAAGAGAAACUGUAUUCAGUUACUCGGGACAUGUUGGCGCUACUAAAAAGAUUCCCUUCAGUUUAAAUGAACAAGCUGAUCUUUUAUGUGCAACUGGUACUGAUAAAUUAACUCGCUUGUGGUCUCUUUGUACAGGAUCCCAUAUGUGCACUGUAGAACCACAAAUCAAAUCAACGAAAGUGCAUUCUUGUUUGAUUGCUGAUGAAUGUCGUUGGUCAGUUGCUAUUUUUCAGAAGAACAAGGUGUUUAUUAUGGAACCCGACAAUUAAUGGAACAAAAGGAAAAUUGAGUGAAAAAACAUUUCAUAUUUUGAUUUUAUUAGCCUAGUGUAUUAUGAUUGCAAAAUAAUAGAUGGAUAAAAAUUUUGUGAACAUAGUUUUUAUAUAAAUUUAACACUGUAGCAUCAUUACAAUGUAGUAAAGAAUCCAAAUAAGUUUGCUAGGUUUAAUUUAUCACAGUAAUUAAGCUGCAUAUAAUAAUAACUAUUUUAACAAAUUUUUUAUAACUUAUAUAAAAAAAAGUGACAUAUAUUCAGUUUUUAUGAUGAAAUGUUAACAUGCUUUUAAAUUUGUUCCAUAAAAUUGCAAAUUAAUAAAAAAUAUAGUAACUGCAAGUUCUACAGGGUAGGCAAAAAGUCAAUGAAAAGCAUAUAGUUGAUAUACUGAUAGAGGGAGUGCAACCCUACUUUGGUGUAGGACAAGGUAAAAUCGCAUGACCUUGGGGCAGAAUUUGUGUUCGCUGUAAUCACAUUCUUCGUUCCCCUAUUAUAUUUCAAUGGCAGAUUUUUUUAUCGCUUUUAACUGUUGGAUUUUAAAGCUUAUUUAAUCCAUGGUUAACUAUUGCUGUGCACUUAGUUGCAAAGGAAAAGCUUCUAAGGAUACUUCUGUAUCAUUUCACAGGUAUGAACAAUAAACAUUCUGUUUAUAUUCAUUUUAAGUCAAUUUAAAAUUUCGUAACCUAGAUCACUCAGUGAUUUUGGUGUUAUAACUGAAUAAUAUUUCAUAGUUUGGUUUAGUUAUUGUAUUAAAUUUAUUUAACUUGUUAUUAAGCUUCAUUUAAAUUGAUGUAACUGCAUUAUAUUUUGCUACUUGCUUUAUUUCAAUCUCGAAUGUGUUGCAAGUGCUUGGCUGCAAGCUUGGCAUGAUUUUUUCUCGCCAAUACAAGUGUUUACAUAAACAUUAUUGGCCGAUUUAAUAAUUGUGUAAUUAUUUUAGUGCAAAUAAAGUUCUUUAUUAUUUCCAA